UUCAAUUGAGUAAAAAUCUCUUAUCCUCCCAAGUUUCUUUCUUUGGUCCAAAACAAACCUACCUUUAUAAUCUUUCAAACCCCCCAAAGGCACCAACUCUACCAGAAAACCAAUGGCAACAUCUUCACUAUCUCCCCAAACCGCCGCCCGGAAAACAACUUUCCCAUCAUUGCCACCACCAAAACCAUUCCACACAAACCUCACCUUUUCAAUUUCACUACCCUCAAACAUACUCAUAAAAACAAGCAUAAAAUCCUCUAUUAGUAGUAGCACAACAAAGUACAAUGAAGUUGUAUUAGAUGAAGAAAUGGACAAGAUUAGGAGGCUUCAAAACGGGUCAGACGUUCGGGGCGUGGCAGUGGAAGGCGAAAAAGGAAGGACGGUGGACUUGACACCACCAGUGGUGGAAGCGAUUGCGGAGAGUUUUGGAGAGUGGUUGAUGAAUGGGUUGGAGAGGGAAGGGGAAGAUGAUGUUAAGGUGUCCUUGGGGAGGGAUCCCCGUAUCUCCGGUGCAUUGUUAAGUGUGGCUGUGUUUGCAGGGCUGGCUCGAGCAGGAUGUGUGGCGUUUGACAUGGGAUUAGCAACCACACCAGCUUGUUUCAUGAGUACUUUGUUGGCUCCGUUUGAAUAUAAUGCUUCGAUAAUGAUGACAGCCUCUCACCUACCCUACACCCGCAACGGCCUCAAAUUUUUCACGAGGAAAGGGGGCCUCACAUCACUGGAGGUUGAGGAUAUAUGUGACAGAGCAGCUCGUAAGUAUGCUAAUAGGCUUGCUAAAGUAUCAACCACUCUUCCUAUCACUCCAACAAGAGUUGAUUUCAUGAGCGCUUAUUCUAAACACCUCCGUGACAUUAUCAAAGACAGAAUCAACCAUCCCCUCCACUAUGACACUCCUCUACAAGGAUUUCAGAUAAUAGUAAACGCCGGAAACGGAUCAGGAGGCUUCUUCACAUGGGACGUACUUGACAAACUCGGAGCAGACACUUUCGGCUCACUAAACCUCAAACCAGACGGCAUGUUUCCCAACCACAUCCCCAACCCCGAAGACAAAACCGCCAUGUCCCUCACAACCUCUGCAGUCCUCUCCAACUCCGCCGACCUCGGAAUCGUCUUCGACACCGACGUGGACCGCAGCGGUGUUGUUGACAAAGAAGGAAACCCCAUCAAUGGCGACAAGCUCAUUGCUUUGAUGGCGGCUAUUGUGCUGAGAGAACACCCGGGAACAACGAUUGUGACCGAUGCUCGGACGAGCAUGGCGUUGACGAGGUUCAUUACGGAGAGAGGUGGUCGGCAUUGCUUGUAUAGGGUCGGGUAUAGGAAUGUGAUUGAUAAGGGUGUUCAGCUUAAUCUGGAUGGUGUUGAAGCUCAUCUCAUGAUGGAAACUUCUGGCCAUGGCGCUUUGAAGGAGAAUCAUUUUCUUGACGAUGGUGCUUACAUGGUGGUAAAAAUCAUCAUUGAAAUGGUACGUAUGAAGCUUGAAGGAUCAGAUGAAGGCGUGGGUAGUUUGAUCAAAGAUCUUGAAGAACCACUGGAAUCAAUAGAGCUAAGGAUGAAUGUCCUCUCCGAGCCUAGACAUGCAAAGGCAAAAGCUAUUGAGGCUAUUGAAGUAUUUAGAAACUUCGUUGAGGACGGAAGGAUACCAGGGUGGCAGUUGGACUCCUGUGGAGAUUGUUGGGUCACUGAAGGCUGUCUUGUAGACUCCAAUGAUGAACCGACUGCCAUUGAUGCUCACAUGUACAGGGCUAAAGUUUCAGACGAAGAACAUGGGCAAUAUGGUUGGGUUCACAUUCGACAGAGUAUUCACAACCCAAAUGUUGCUGUAAAUAUGCAAUCUACGAUUCCUGGUGGCUGCAAAAGCAUGACAACAACUCUUAGAGACAGGUUUCUCAUGGCAAGCGGAGUAAACAGAAUCCUUGACAUUACUCAAAUUGAAACAUAUGCCAAGAGAUGAUGCUUGCCACAAAUAUACAGUCCGCCACAGAUGCAUAAUAUAACAAAGUUUUAUAUGAUAUUAUAGAUCAUUUUGUACAUAACAUCAUAUAUUUGCUUUUUAUAGACUACAGAAUUCAUAAGAUGACUGAAGCUGAAAAUAUCAUAGUUAAGAUUUCAAUAAGCAAUAACUUAAUGUUCGGUGGUUCGUUUUGGAUA